AUGGAUGGGUUUAAUUUUGCAAAACAGCUGGCAGGAAAGAAUAGCACAGAAGAGGAAAACUUUCUUAAGCAUAUGAAACCAAUUAAAAAGGAAAUUAGUCUUAAAAGAGCCAAAAGACUAGGAAAAUACCUUUACUUAACUGAAGAUAACCUUUUAGUCUCCUUGGUUAUUACUAAAAAUAAACCACGCACUGGCAUAGCCAGUGGUUUAGUAAAUGUGUCUGGUCUUAACCUGUACAUAUUUACCAAUGAAGCAUAACCAGAAUUUAUUUGGAAGAGUUUAAAAAUAUGAAAAUAAUAAAAAUGUA